CGGAGUCAAAUUCCUUGUUUGGCAUGCACAAACUUGGCCAAUAAAGCUGAUUCUGAUUGUAAGUAGAGGUUUCCCUGUACCAAGAAUUGGGAAAGAACAGGUUCCAAGGUGAAAGGUAUCCCUAAUAGAUGCUGUUUUCAUUUUCGAUGGAAAAAAUGCCAGUUAUGAAGGACAAGUUACAAAUAUUUCAAUUUAUGUUUUUUACUAAGCUUUGUGAGUCUUUUAUUGCUGUUAUUCAUUUGCCUUUGUGUUUUCCGACAUGCUGAUUUUAUAUCUUUCUAUGUACCUGAGCUUGUAAUUUUCUGCAAGGUAUUACACGGUGUUUUGUAGAUUCUUACAGAAAGGGUGAAAACGAACGGUACCGGACUACCUCCUAGUCACGCGACUUUUCUUUCUUAGGUUUAUGGAAGUUGUAGUUUGUCUCACGAGAACAGUGUGUAUAGUGUUAUUGGCUACUCUACUGCCGUAAACGUCAACUCCCACAAUCCAUUGCUCGACACUGUGCGUUUGUUUCCUUCUCCGUAACGUGUCAGAAAUAUUUGCUUUGGAUUCCGUUGUAUUCUCCUCCAAGUAAAUGUGUUCCGGACCGAAAGAUGGAAUCAAGAAUCAAGGAAAGUCCAGGAUGUGCCUUUGAGGUGUAUGUGGAAGUUGUUCACCCAGGCACACAAAGCUCAGAGCCUGCCAUCCGAAGAAAAUUCCCAGAGGACUUCCAAGAUGAGGACACUAUUAAAACUGUUCCAAAGUUCUGCUUUCCAUUCUGCUUGGAUAGUGUCAACCAGAUGGAACAGAAUCAGAAUUUCACAUUUGUCCUGACUGACAUCAACAGUAAACACAGAUUUGGGUUUUGUCGGCUCUCCUCAAGCUUACACACCUGCUAUUGUAUCCUUAGCUACCUGCCAUGGUUUGAUGUGUAUUACAAACUGCUAAACAUUGUUGCAGAUUACACCAUAAUUGGCCAGGAAGCCAAUUUCCAGGAUCUCCUGAUGUCCCUACACAGCCUUUGCAUUCCUGAGCCUGGCAUCCCUGUUCACCUUGCUAUGCAUUUCUACUUCACUGUACCUGAUUUAAAAGAGCUCCCCAGAAUACCAGAGAAUAGGAAUCUUACAGAGUACUUUGUAGCAGUAGAUGUCAAUAACAUGCUUCAACUCUACGCUAGCAUGCUUUAUGAACGUCGGAUCCUCAUCUGCUCUAGCACGCUAAGCACUUUAACAGCUUGUGUCCAUGGGUCUGCUGCCAUGUUAUAUCCUAUGCACUGGCAGCAUGUUUACAUUCCAGUCUUGCCUCAACAUCUAUUAGACUAUUGCUGUGCUCCAAUGCCCUACCUCAUUGGAGUGCAUUCCAGCCUGAUGGAGAAAGUUCUUGGAAUGGCUAUGGAAGAUGUCGUGAUCCUGAAUGUGGACACAAACACCCUUCAAACACCCUAUAAUGAUCUUCAAUGCCUACCCCAUGAUGUGGUUUCAUCUCUAAAAAGUCGGCUGAGGAAGUUUUCAACAACACCAGGUGAUGGUGUGGCCCGUGCCUUCCUCAAGAGUCAAGCAGCUUUGUUUGGCAGCUACAGAGAUGCUCUUCAGAUUGAGUUGGUCAGUGAAUUACUCAAUUUAACAUUGCAGGGUAAACCAAUAACAUUUAAUGAAGAAACCUUUGUAAACCAUCGAUUGAGUGCUAUGAGAGACUUCCUUCAGAAUGCCAUCCAGCUUCAACUUUUCAAACAGUUCAUUGAUGGCCGUUUGGAGAUAUUAAACUCUGGAGAAGGUUUCAGUGACAUCUUUGAGGAGGAGAUCAACAAUGGCAAUUUUGCAGGUAAUGAUACAUCUUACCACCAGUGGCUAAUCACUGUGAAGAAAGGGAGUGGAGCGAUCUUGAACACAGUGAAGACCAAAGCAAACCCAGCUAUGAAAACUGUUUACAAAUUUGCUAAAGACCAUGCCAAAAUGGGCAUCAAGGAAAUGAAGAGCCGGCUAAAGCAUAAGGAAAAUAUAGAUAAUGGAUCAGGAAUCAUUGCUAGGGACAAUGACUUCUUUGCAAUCAAACUCAAGAAUGAAGGGCCAACGCAGACCUUAGAUGAACACAGAAUGAACUGGCAGUUUGGACUGACGCAGUCACCCAUGCUGUUGAAGAAAAACAAAAGUCAUGAAAGUCUGGAAAGUUCUCAUUACCUCCCACAGCGAUACUGCUCACUAAAAGACGUUGAGUCAAUAGAAGAGCAUGAUUGUAAUUUGGGUCUAGAAAGUCCCAGCCGACUUCCAGAGAACCUCUCCAAUGGCAGUGUUGGAGCCAAUUUCUUCAGCUGUGUGGAUGAGCAUGACAGUCAGCCACUUCCUGUGGCUAAAAGCCUUGACGAUCUGAAGAGUCUGCAAGGCUAUCGAAAGCUUCAAGCCAAGUUCUCCAGUCAGCGGAAGGACCUUCAUUUCUGUGAACACUCACAAACACCUCCGAGCCUCAAGCUCCCAAACACUGACAACAAGCUGAUGGGAAUCAAACCAGAUAAAACUGAAAUUCCCUCUUGGGAACCUCCUACCUGCAAGAAAACACAAUCAGAUAAACUUCUCAUGCAGAUAAAUCACCACAGCAGUAACAGUUCAGGCCUUAAACUACAAGACUCAUCCAGCCCUGGCAAUAUUACCAUUCCUCGCCCUCAUGGAAGAAAGAGUGCUGAAUUCGGAACUGUGUUAGCACCACUUAUUGGCCAGUCUCAAUCUAAAUCAUCUAAUGAGGAGAGAACAAAAACAGGGGGUAAAGAAUUUCAAAAAGCCCUGAGUAAGACCACAGACAUGUUCAAUGUUGCAGAGGAUCACAUGGAUUUGAUAAGCCUUCUGGAUCCCUUUAGCAAGUCACCACAGACUAGUUCCGCGUCAACAAUGGAUGACAUGAAUAUUGAGAUGUUUUCUUCGUCUUGCAAAACAAUUCCUCCUAGAUCUUACCCAAUGAUCCAGCCUCCUUUUCAGCCACAUGAUCACAUAUCACCUACUGUCUUUACUCAGCCAGUAAAGAUUUCACUCCCUCAAAUCCAAUACAUGUCAGGUGGGAGAAGAACACCUUUCAACACAGUCUAUGAACCACCAAUUGGCUCUUACCCCCACAAUCCAACCCAGCCGCAUUCUUUCCCUGCAGGCUCUGAGGUCUACAAACAACAAUUACCUGGCAGGCCCACUCUUUCUCCCAGUUAUCGAAUGGGGAACUCUUCCUCAUAUACCCCACUGCUUCACUCAUCAACCAGCAAUCGUGCCAUUUCAGGACUGACCAAUUCAAAACCUGUCGCAAGCACUGCCAACACUCUACCAAGGCUGAUUCAAAUUGAAGAAGACAUCCAGAAAAGUCAGGAUCUUUUUGGCGAUCUUUUGACGAUGAUUAAACCAACCACACCUCUUCAAAAUAGCAUAGAUCAGCUCCAGAAGAGAUGGGAAACAUUUGACUAAAGCCUUUCCUUAGACUUAUUACUCUGGCAUAGCCAGAUGUUUUUCAUUAAUGCAUGAGAAACCUCUUUAGAAGAGCUUGAAAUAUGGUAUUAUGCUGAAAUAGGAAUGAGUACAUUUGCAUUUGUUCCUUACACAAAACUCAAACUGUGAUUAAAUAUGUUUGUAUGGAAUAUUAAAUGACAUAUUAAUAAAACACCACAUACAUCAAAAUCUA